UCAUUCCGUCUGCCGCCUGAAGCGGUCUCGGUCAACAUGGGCACCAGAGGGCUCCUCUUCGUGCGUUGUCGCGGUAGAUGCUUUGUUUACUACAAUCAUUUCGACAGCUACCCUGAGGGCCUUGGGGAUGCCAUUAUUCAGGAAAUUCCGGAAGACCCUGAGGAAUAUCUUGGUAUGAGGGGCCCUAUGCAUUCGAGAUUCGCUAGUCUAAUAUUGAUCACGUCCAGAAUGGCUUCGGUCGAUGAGAGCAAGGUACUCAGAGCUCGUCGCACAGUAUGAAGACCGAUGUCUCCCGGUCUCGGUUAAGGGCGACGAAUCGCUCGCUGAGCGAUACAAUAUGAGCUUUCUGUCCGUCGACGAUCGGCUUGAGAGCUCCCCGUUGCGAAUCGUGCCCGAGUUACAAAACUUCGACAUUGAAUGGACUUACACACUUGACCUCGACCGUGAGCUUUUCACGGUUGAUAAGGCGCUACAUUUCAAACUCACGAAGAUACCGCGCUUUGGUCGCUGGAUGAAAUACAUUGGCGAAGAUGGCCAUCGUCGUAGGGCUUUCAAGAAGUACACCCCCGAAGAAAUAAUCGGCGAUGUUGCCUACAUGCCACAGAUCAACCGACCCUCGCAGAACAGGUACAGAGACCUUGACCCUGAAGUUGCGUCGCCGCGGUCUCUGGUCCCUGACUCGAAAGAAGCCGCCACCCAUCGGGAGGCCCUCUUUGGCAUGAUCUUCUCCUAUACGCAGGGCCGGUACUUCUCACUCCUAGAUCAGUCCCUUCCAGAAUGGAACCCGAGUGAUUUCAUUUUCAGGGAGCUUGCAUUUGCAUUCUUAUCUAUCGCAGCCGGUGAACUGGGUUUCGAGGAGCCCUCGUCUCUCAACAGAACAUACAGUCAAGAGGGUUAUUUUGUCAUUCCAGAAACCAAACGGCAGCCCGGCCAACAACGUCUCCUUCCUCUAUUCUUACAUGACAACCACGCCCCUGGAGUCGAGCCUGGAUCGGCUCCAAAGGACACAACGUACUGGAUGAACAAUGUCCUCAUUCACCUGGUUACCAGGACUGAUUUGGUUGACGUCGAAGAAGCGGCAAUUGCUGAGGUUGUCGACUUUGGCCUCAAUGCGGGAGUCAAGGACUUUUAUGCCAUGGUCUUUUCUAUCCUGGAUGUUGUUCUUAUCCGAGUACAGACUCACGAGAACGGCAGUACGCAUGUUCGAAGGUCGCCUUUGAUGGCCUUGAUUUAUUUCAAUGACAAAAAUUCCGAAUUUGUCAACGGUCCUCGCUCGAGAGGAUUUCGUACGUCCCAGGAGGCUACCAUGGUUUCUGACUCCGAUGUCCCUACCACCUCAAAAGAUGAAGACGAAGAUUCAACCGACUCGGCAGAGACUGAGGAGGACCUGGAAACUGAGAGCGAAGAAGACAAAACCGCUCCCACGGUCGUCAAGGAGUCGUAUGAAGAUGAACUUUUUACCUUCAAUAUGAUGUUGCGUUUCUUUGAUGCAGCCUCAAAAGAGCAGCUAGCCGGUGCAAGGUCUCGCAUCCUGCCCAACGAGAUAAUGACCAUUAUCAUGGAGUUCUCAGAUGUCCGGACCUACCAAAUCCUGCGGAAAGUGUCGGCGUGUGGCCAGCAAGUCGGCAACCGCAACAUCCGAUUGAACGACUAUUACGCAGUGGUUGGAGCGGAUGGAAGACAGACACCCGAAAGCUUCAUUGUGGAGGACUUACGCACAGGAGAAAGAAUCACUUCGACGGCGAGCUGUAGCUCCAGGUCCCACUGGCUUUUCACCAGCCGAAAUAAGUCGUCUUUCGAAUUGAACCCGAUCAUCGGUAUCGCAGAUGCCAGUAGUCCUCGGACGGCUAUCUUACAAACCAUCAGUCUCUUCUUCACAAAGCUUUCGGCAUGGGAUCCGGAAUAUACGGAAGAAGUGGAGAUACCAGUGUACGAAAGUCACUUUUACAGCAGUUACAGCAGCGGACAUACCGAUACUGUCAACAAGCUCUCCGAGAUGCCCACGUACUUGUAUCCCGGAUCUGUCGAAAAAGCCUGGGGCCAAUACAUCACUGCACUGAUUCGAGGCGGCGAAAACUCGGCCUCCCGGUUCGUGAUGCUCAACAAUGCGCAAUGGCAGUGUCUCCUUCCUCCUCGUUAUCGCCAGCUGAGAAUGGACAACUUGUUCUGCAACGGCUUUCAAGCCUUCCUGCGUCACCCCAAUGACGAAUGUCCCGUGGAAUGGGAACGAACAAUCAACUACGCCAUCGCCCAGCUUGGUCUCACCGAGCGCACUCGCCGCCGGGACGGUUACAUCAAGGGCCGUCCGGUUCUAGUGGCCUUCGGCACCCAUGCGAGGCUCUUUUAUUACGUCUAUUGCCGCAAAGAAACACCGACCGGUCCAUUAAACCCGGGCUCGUACAGCGCUCGGGUUGCAGAAGCCUGCACCAACCCGGAUGGGAGGCAUCGUCUUGUUGAGAUGACCCCUCGAGAUAGCCCGCUCGACAUCCGAGAUCCAAACGAUCGAACCAAGCUGGAGAACUGGCUGAAGAUCUUUAGCGGCGACGAGGGAUUCGGCAUGGAAUGGGAUCCGAUCACCGAGUCUCGCCAGCGUAUUGGGGGUGACAAGGAUAACGCUGACCCCGACACUACUGCUGAUCCGCCGAAAAGCAACGAAAGCGAUGAGGAUGAGCAAGAAGGCGAGGGCGGAGAAGCGAACGAUUAAAUCGUGGGAGCCACAUCACGCAGUACUGGGUACUAUUCAGUCAACUCGCGCAGUAUUCACUAGUCGCAUUCGAAUGAGCGAAAUAAGUAGGUGGUUAGUUCUACAGGAAGAUAACAUCGUGCAUCGGUCUCUUUAUCAUGUUGAGGAAAGGUGAGGAUCUGGGACAAAGUUAGUUAGGACCUAGUUACAACGAACAAUUAAUGGCCUCUAACUAUAA